GUCUUAAUAAUGUCACAACAAAAGAUCGUUAUCCAAUGCCACGCGUUGAUGAUAUAUUUGAUCGCUUAUCCGGAUCACGGUACUUUACAACAUUAGACCUUCGACAAGGUUAUUGGCAAAUUCCACUGGCGGAGCACGACAAAUACAAGACGGCUUUCGUUACUAUGGACGGGUUGUUUGAAUUUAAUGUUAUGCCAUUUGGCUUGGUCAAUAGUCCCGCCACGUUUCAGAGAGUCAUAAAUUCUGUUCUAGCACAACAUCGCUGGGAUAUUGCUAUGGCCUACCUGGAUGAUAUAAUUAUAUUUUCGAAAACUUUAGAUGAACAUCUAACCCACAUUAAUCGCAUAUUAACAACAUUAGCACAAGCAAAAUUAAGAAUUAAUUUAAAAAAAUGCAAUAUGGUUAAAACCGAAUUAAAAUAUUUGGGUCAUGUCAUCAACGAAACGGGUAUUCAUCCUUGUCCAGAGCAUGUGAAAGCAAUACAAGAUUUUGCAUGCCCAACAACAAUUAAAGGUGUACGUUCAUUCUUAGGAAUGGCAUCAUAUUACAGAAAAUUCAUUAAAAAUUUUGCAUCAAUCGCGGCUCCUCUUCAUCAGUUAACGGGAGGUACAAAAUCAUCGAAAGAACAACCAAGAAGAACAAGUCAUGACACAUCAACAAUUGUAUGGAGACCCGAACAUCAAGAAGCAUUUGAAACACUAAAAGAGAAGCUGAUUAACCCACCAGUAUUAGCAUUCCCAACAACAAACGGUACAUUUAAAUUAAAUUUAUAUACGGAUGCAUCUAAGUAUGGGAUAGGCGCGAUAUUACGUCAACAACAACCUGAUGGUGAAAAAGUCAUUGCAUACUUAUCAAGACGGUUGUCUAUCCCAGAACAAAAAUAUUCAACAUCGGAACAAGAGUGUUUAGCGGUCGUGUGGGCAUGUGGAAAAUUAAGACCAUAUUUAUAUGGUAAUCGUUUUACGGUAAUAACGGAUCAUCACCCGUUGUGUUGGUUGAACAAGAAACUAUCAAACAACGGCCGACUAGCACGAUGGUCGUUACAAUUACAAGAAUUUGAAAUGGAUAUUAAACAUAAAUCGGGAAGGCUCCACUGUGAUGCCGACUGCGUGUCACGGUAUCCUGUAGGUGCACCGGAAGAAUUAGAUGAAUGGGUGUUGGCUAUUGAUGAUAGUAUGAAGGUAGAUACAUUUGAUUUAACAACAUUAAAACAAGCACAAGAGAACGAUUCAAACAUCCAUGGAAUUUACACAGAACUGGGAUCAUCGGCAUCACCACGAAGUCGUGUGCAUCACCAAUAUGUAUUAAUCAACGAUAUUGUUCAUAAAGUUGUUCGGAGACAAGGUAAAACAACGUUGCAUUUAGCAUAUUUACCAAAGUCUUUGAUCUCAACCGCUAUGAAAAAUUACCACGAUCACCCAACAGCAUCACACUUCGGGAUUUCGAGAACCUGGUAUCGGCUACGUGACAAAUACUACUGGCCGCAAAUGUUUAAUACAAUUGUAUCAUAUGUUAAAUCAUGUAAAAGUUGCCAACGAUUUAAGCAUCGUCGUAUGAAACCAAGUGGUACAUUAGAACCAAUACCACCUCCCGCUGGGCCAUUUGAAUUAGUAGGAUUAGAUUAUUUAGGGCCAUUACCAACAUCAGUCAAUGGUAACAAGUACGCGUUAGUAUUAACAGAUUAUCUAACCAAAUAUGUGGAGACGAAAGCGGUACCACAACCCACAGCACAAAACGCAGCAAAAUUCAUAGUGGAACAAGUAAUUCUUCGUCAUGGCACACCAACAUGCAUAUUAACAGAUCGAGGCACACAUUUUACAGCGGAAUUAUUUGAAAAUAUUGUGAAACGCUGUGGUGCCAAGCACAUUAAAACAACGUCGUAUCACCCGCAGGGUAAUGGUCUUACGGAAAGAAUUAAUGCAUCAUUGGCCGAUAAACUAGCUAUCUAUGUAAACCAACAGCAGACGGAUUGGGACGAAUAUCUCCCUUUCGUGACUUCAUCGUACAAUACAUCUCGACAUUCAGCUACUGAAUUAGAACCAGCGGUAUUAUUAUAUGGACGAAAACCAACGUCGCCAUUUCAACAAUGUUAUGAAUCAAUCACGAUACCCAAAGCAUUGGAUUAUGCUGUACAAGUUGACAGGUAUUUAAAACAAGUUCGACAAGAUGCACAAACAAAUAUUUAUCGACGGCAACGACAAUAUCAACAAUAUUAUAAUCAAGGAAGAAGUGAUAUCAAGUGUAAUAUCGGACAACUAGUGAUGAAGAAAGUGAUGGGUAGAAAGCCGGGGAGAUCAGCAAAAUUAGAUGAGAAAUGGAACGGACCAUGGCGGAUUAUUAAACAACAAGGACGAUUGAAUUACGUUAUUGAAAAUAUAUUAACAAAACAACAAGAUGUAGCUCAUGUACAAAAACUAUGUCGGUGUUAG